AUGAGCCGAAACGAGUGGGAAACGACCGAGAGAGGAGCCUCGAAGUCGGGAAGUUCGCACUCUUUUCCCGCCCAGGUCUACCUCGCGCCGUCGGCGAUCUACGCGGCCAUCUCGCCCUUCGCCGGCGGCGUCGUCCGCCGCUUCGGCGCGCGGGACCCGCUCGUCGCCGGCUGCGCGGCCUGGGCCCUCGCGUCCCUGGUCUGGGGCCCGGUGCCGCUGGCCGCCGCGGCGCGCGCGCCCGACGCCGCGGCGCGGGCCUACGACUACGCGUGCCUCGGCGCCUGGAGCCUCGGCUGCGGCGUCGCCGUCGCGCUCGUCUACCAGUGCCCGCUGCCCCUCGCGAAGCGCGCGCUCGGCGGCGGGCGCCCGCUCGGCGCGGCCGCGGACGACGCGCUCGCGGCGGUCUUCCAGGCCGCGGGCGCCGCGGGGCAGGUCGCGGGGCCGCUCCUCGGCGGCUGGCUCGUCGACGCCGGCCGCCAGUGGGCCGAGCCCGGCUGCGACCUCGCGCGGCGGUCCAAGUGCCGGAGCGGCUUCUUCUCCGCGUCCGCGACCUUCGCGGGCCUCUUCGCGGUCCUCGCGCCCUGCCUCCUGGCCUUCGUCGCGUCGGACCGGCCGGCGGCGCGGGCCACCUCCCUCGAGGAGCCCCUCCUCGUCGACGCCGCCUUCAGCCCCGAGUCCUCGACGUCGACGGCGACGGACGGCGGCGGCGACAACCGCGUGAGCCUCUAG